AUGCUUGCAUACCAGGGCAUAAAAGAAAUCAAAUCCAACUCCCAUAGAUAUCAGGAGGCAAGAGACAGAAGGAAAACAAGGAAAAACCUAAGACGAGCGAAGAAGACAGUCAAAACCGAACCGUCAAGCAAACAAAUUUGGAACUCACUAGGAAACAAGACGGUAUCAAGGAACAUACGGAAUUUCCUAUUCGUACUCCUGCAUGGAGGGUAUCGCAACGGGAACUUCUGGAAGUCCAUUCGGAACGAGCAGAAUGCCCGUACUGUGGAGAACAGAUGGACAUAUGCUAUCAAAAAUCGGUUAACUAUCGACGGGCUCAUGACCGAUGUUAGAAAGUAUGGGAAGAAGUCCUUUCCUAAACGCGUAGUCAAAGACACUUGGAAGGAUGUUACGGUCGAGCUUCUAGACAACCUCCGCACGGAGACGACGCCGACGGAUUCUCGGCAAGCCCCCGAAAAGUUUUACACGGUUCAAAUAGCUCAUCAAUACAGCAAUGCACUGGCUGGUAUACUUUACGUCUACUUAGAGCGAUGGGAAAAGCAAACAAGUGCUUAA